CAGUUUGACACAACCACAAGAUCACCACUUCUAUUGACUAGGCCCCACAUCACAUUAGUCUUCUUCAGCCCCACCAAACUCCCUCUGCCUUUUGCGCAACUUCACAGGCUGCUCUUCCAGUUCAUCACAAAGAAAAUGGCAAAACCCAUUCCCUUUCUUUUGCUUCUCCUUGCUUUCCAGCUCUUCCUCCGCUCCUCCACCGCCGCUUACUCCAUCGGCGUAAACUAUGGCACCGUUGCCGACAACCUUCCUACGCCAUCUCAAGUUGCCAAUUUCCUGAAAACCAAAACCACCAUAGACCGUAUCAAGAUCUUCGACGCCAACCCAGAUAUCCUCCGUGCCUUCGCCAACACUGGAAUUUCAGUAACCGUCACCGUCGGAAACGGAGAUAUCCCUUCCCUCGCCAAGCUUCCUGCUGCCAAAGCAUGGAUCGCUGCAAACAUUUUACCAUAUCACCCUAAAACAAUCAUUAAAUACAUAGCCGUAGGCAACGAGAUCCUCGCCACUUCCGAUAAAUCGCUAAUAGCUCACACUUUACCGGCCAUGAAAGCUCUCAAAUCUGCUCUUGAGCUCGCUAACAUCACUAAUAUUCAAGUCUCCACUCCUCACUCUUUAGGUAUAUUAUCCUCAUCUGAGCCGCCAAGUACCGGUCGGUUUCGAAAAGGCUAUGAUACGAGGAUUUUCGCUCCGAUUCUCGAAUUUCAUCGCCAGACGAAGUCUCCUUUUAUGGUUAAUCCAUAUCCGUUCUUUGGUUUCAAAGCAGAGACGUUAAACUACGCGUUGUUUAAGCCAAACGGUGGCGUUUUUGAUGCGGCUACGGGGAAGAAUUACACAAACAUGUUUGACGCCCAGCUUGAUGCAAUCUUCUCGGCGAUGAAAAAGUUAGGAUAUGAGGACGUGGACAUUGUGGUGGCCGAAACGGGUUGGCCAUCGGUGGGUGAUCCGAAUCAACCCGGUGUAAGCUUGGAGAAUGCAGUGUCGUAUAACGCAAACCUCGUGAAGCAUGUGAACUCUGGGAAAGGAACGCCGUUGAUGCCAAAUAGAACGUUCGAGACUUAUCUUUUCGCUUUGUUCAAUGAGAAUCUGAAACCGACUAUUUCGGAGCGAAAUUUCGGGUUGUUCAAGCCGGAUCUCUCUCCGGUUUACGACGUCGGCGUUUUACGGAAUGGGCAGGCGCAUGGUCCCACAGCUGCUACAACAGCCGCGGCACCGUCUUCAAGUUUGGACAGAAGGUGGUGCGUGCCAAAAUCGGACGCUGGAGAUGAGGCGUUACAGAAAAAUAUAGACUACGUGUGCAGCAAUAGAGUUGAUUGCAGAGCCAUACAAGCAGGUGGUCCCUGCUUUGACCCGAAUACGGUACGGUCACAUGCAUCGUACGCAAUGAAUGCUUACUAUCAGACUUUUGGUCGCCACGAUUAUAAUUGUGAUUUUAACGGCUCCGGAGUUCUCACCACCGUCAAUCCAAAUAUUCUAACCAAAAAGACGCGGUGGGUGGUGGCAGGUUACGAGGCGUGUAAUUAUCCAUUCGAUGGGCAAAAGAUGGAAGAGAGGUCGGUGGCGGGAGGGUCGAUGAGAUUAACUUGCGGUGUUAAAGAGAUGCUUGUAGUGGUUAGUAGCUUCAUAUUUGUACAUGUACAUCUUCUUUUUAUCUUAUAAUGAUUUAUCAUAAAUUAUCUGUGUUAGUGGUGAUGGUCUAGGGUUUCGAUUUAAUUCUAUUAUUAUUGUUACUGUUAUUAUGAUUUUUGCUCUUGUUGUAUUUAUCGGUUGUUAAUUUCAGGAUCUAAUUUAGUGAAUGCUUUCUUCUUCUUCUU